GACCAACGUGAGUGAUAAACAACAACAACAGUCAGCAGCUGAUGAGUUAGUUGAUAAGAGGGGAGUUUAAAAGUGAUUUAAGAGGAAGAUGUGACUGCCAUAACUCCUCAGGACUUCACGCUGACUGGUGUGUGGAGUUUGGAGACAAGAGAGAGUUUGUUUCUUGUAGUUUGAGAGUUUUCUAGAGUAGAAAAUGAGCAUCAAUAGAAGACUAAAUAGUGGAUCUGUCGGCGGGGACGUCGAGGAAAACGAGACUACACCUUUAUUAUUAGAUGGAUCAGCGUCGACCAAAGGAGCCUCCUUCGCCUCCUCUGUGUUUAACCUGAUGAAUGCCAUCAUGGGCAGCGGCAUACUGGGUCUAGCUUAUGCUAUGGCUCACACUGGAAUAGUUGGUUUUUGUAUCCUGUUAGUAGUAGUGUCCAGCCUGGCAGCGUACUCUAUACACCUCCUUCUGAAGAUAUGUGACCAAACAGGUAUCAAUUCAUAUGAAGACCUCGGAGGAAAAGCCUUGCAAAAAACAGGAAAAGUUCUGGUUGGAAUUUCUAUUAUCAUCCAAAAUAUUGGUGCCAUGGCAUCCUAUUUGUUCAUCCUGAAGACGGAGCUGCCUGCAGCCAUCGACAGCCUCUUGGACCCAGGCAACACAGGACAUGCCUGGUAUGAAGAUGGCAGGUUGCUUUUGACCCUAGUUACAAUUUGUAUUGUUCUACCUCUGUCAAUAUUGCCUAAAAUUGGCUUCCUGGGCUACACCAGUGGCAUCGCCUUUAUCUUUAUGCUGUACUUUGCAGUUGUGGUUGUGGUGAAGAAAUGGUCCAUCCCCUGCCCCCUGCCUCACAAUAUAACCACACUCCCAGGUGACAUCAAGAUAUCAAAUUCCUCUGACUCAGAUUGUACACCCAAACUCUUUGUCAUCUCCAGUAAGAGCGGCUACGCCAUCCCCACCAUGGCCUUCUCCUUCCUGUGCCACACGGCUAUCCUGCCAAUCUACUGCGAACUAGACCGACCUACUAAAGCCAAGAUGCAGAAGAUUACAAAUGUCAGUAUUAGCCUCAGCUUCCUGGUUUACCUCAUUUCUGCUCUGUUUGGCUACCUCACCUUCUACGAUCAAGUGGACUCGGAGCUGUUGCUUGGCUACGAUAUGUACAUGCCUCGGGACAUCAUGGUGAUGGUGGUUCGACUUGCCAUCCUGUUCUCGGUGUUGCUGACUGUACCCCUUAUUCAGUUCCCUGCCCGAAAGGCUGCUGUCUUGCUGAUGUAUGGAAGACGUCCCUUCUCCUGGCCGAUCCACAUCAUUUUGACUCUCAUCAUCCUGAGUGUGGUGCUGCUGCUGGCCAUCUUUGUGCCUGAUAUCAAAAAUGUCUUUGGAGUUGUGGGAGCGACAACAUCCACCUGCCUGUUGUUUAUUUUCCCCGGCAUUUUCUACCUCAAGAUCAACAGAGGACCCCUCAAAUCCUUCGACUCCAUUGGGGCUGGACUUCUGGUGGUCUUUGGUUUCAUUAUGGGAAUCAUCAGCUUCUCUGUCAUUGUCAUCGAAUGGGUACAUGACUCAUAAUCCCGCCUGGCCCCUCUUUCAGGGCAAAGCGUGCCAAAGAAACUGAAUAGUGGAUAAAGAAAGGGAAUAGACACCUCAGGGAGAUUAUUUAUGGAAACGUUGUUCUCAACUCUAGACUUGUGUUUGUUUCUAUCCUUCUAAAUUACAAACAAAGACCAAACUCAUAAGAACUUCUCAUAUUACACUCACCUUAUUUUUACACGCUGACUUUUAAAUUUAUACCCAAUUCAGAGCAAAUCUUUAUUUUUUUUUUUUUAAAUCUUCAUAGAACAAAAGAUAGGUGAAGUUUACUGUGUCAGAGCGAUACAAGAAAGCAAGUUGACCAUUAUCUUUAAGUUCAUUUUAUGAACUUGAUUUUCAUUUUUACUUUCCGACAGCCUUUGUAUUGUCUGUGUGCAUGAUAAUCACCGUAUGUAAACCAAUCUGACUGUAUUUGAAAAUGCUGUUAGUCCAAGACUGAACCAUAUAUGUGUCAAAAAAUGUGUUGUGCAACAUUUAUACAUACACAAUCACUUAUACUCAGUCCCUUGAUUAUUUAAAUGUUAUUUUAUUCACAUUUGUUGUUUUGGAUUUUCUUUUAAACUUGUUUUAUAUCAUUUAAAGCAUGUAUUGAUUUUCCAAACAGUUCUGCUUCUACUUGUAUUCUCUACCUUUUUAAAUGAAUGGGACCAGAUAAUUCCAAUGUAUUGUAUGUGGUUAUAAUAUACAGUAGAAUAAUAUAAUAAUGUUCUUCAAAUUAUUUGGAUUUAAUAAAAAGGGAAAUUGUUUAUGUAGUGA